AUGACACCUCUGCAGGCAUCUCUGUUCCCGCACGUCAAUGAAUACCAGGACGUCAUGUUCGCAAAGCAGACCCACGCAAACUCGGCACAGUUACGGCAGAUGUACGCCUUGCACGCGAUGAAUCACGUCUUCAAAACGAGAGAUCGGGUGUUGAAGAACACCACAAAACUGAAAUCGGAAGCGGCAGACGAUUUGGACCUCAGGGAUCAGGGCUUCACGCGGCCGAAAGUCCUGAUCAUCGUGCCGUUCAAGCACACGGCCCUGGAGAUUGUGAAGAUGCUAAUCGCCUUAUCGGGAACAAAACAGCAGGACAACAAGAAGCGUUUCUUUGAGGAGUUCGGGCUCCCACCAGAAGACGAUACAGUCGACCCCAAAAAGUCCGAAGACUUCAAGAAGACUUUCGCGGGCAACAUCGACGACUGUUUCCGAAUGGGCAUUAAAUUCUCGCGCAAGCAGCUUAAGCUGUUUGCCGAUUUCUACUCGUCGGAUAUCAUCAUUGCGUCGCCGCUGGGGUUAAGAAUGGUCAUUGGAGCAGAGGGAGAGAAGAAGAGGGACUUUGAUUACCUGUCUGCCAUUGAGGUGGUGAUCAUGGAUAGUGCGGAUGUCUUCCUGAUGCAGAACUGGGACCAUGUCCAGCACAUCUUUGAGCAUCUGAACCUGAUACCAAAGGAUCCGCAUGGGUGUGAUUUCUCCCGCGUUAGGGCGUACUAUUUGGAUGGGCGAGCAAAAUACGUCCGCCAAACCCUCAUCUUCUCCCGCCUACUCACCCCCGAAAUGAACGCCCUCCUCACCACCCACUGCAAAAACGUCGCCGGCAAGCUCAAAAUCAAGCCUCGCUACACGCAAGGCUCCAUCGCCGACGUCGUCAUCACCGUUCCGCAGAUCUUCCACCGAGUCCCAUGCGCGUCCCCCAUCGACGCCGACGACGCGCGAUUCACGUACUUUGUGGAAAAGAUCCUCCCGACGUUGAGACAGAGCGUCGUGCAGCAGAAACAUUCGAUGAUUUUCGUGCCGUCGUAUUUUGAUUUUGUGAGAGUGAAGAAAUAUUUGGAGGAGCAUAAUUAUAACUCGGUGCAGCUUUGCGAGUACACACCCCGCCGUGAAAUCUCUGGUGCCCGUGGCGAGUUCUUCCGUGGUGAAGCCAGCUACAUGCUUUACACCGAACGGUUCCACUUUUUCCGGAGAUACCGCAUAAAAGGCAUCCGCCACCUCGUCUUCUACGCCCUUCCCGACUACAGCGACACCUUCUACCCCGAGAUGGUCAACAUGCUCGAGUCGGACGCCUCCAAGGACGUCACCUGCACCGUGCUGUAUACGAAGUACGAUCGGUUGAAGCUGGAACGCGUUGUGGGGAGUAGGAGGGUUGGGCAUAUGAUUGAGGGAGCGAAGGAUGCUUUUAUGUUUGUUGAGGAGAAGUAG